AUGCCUUUCACAUUUACUCACCAAAACCCGGAGAUGCAGCUGGAUAAGAAGCAUACGGCACUCGUGUUUGCAGAUCUCCAAAAAGAGUUUCUUGUCGAAACGGGGAGCUACUAUCCGAUGAUCGCAGACAAGUUGAAGGAACUCAACGUCUUCGAUCACAUUGAGGAACUCCUAAAAUGCGCACAAUAUGAAGGCUUCUUUGUGAUCCACUCACCACAUUAUUACUAUCCCACCGAUCGCCAGUGGGUUACUCGCGGUGGUGCAAUCGCUGACUAUCUCGCAAACUUGCCCAAAGGCUUUGUCGGCCGCAAGGAUCCAGUCGACCUUGAAGGCUUCGUUGGAUCGGGUGCUGACUACCCCGAGCGGCUCAAGAGAUACCUUAUGGAUGGAAAAACAGUGAAUACAUCGCCUCACAGAGGUCUUUCAUGCCUUUCAAAUGACUUGAUCAAGCAACUACGUAUGCGACGGAUCGAGAAAGUAAUCAUAGCGGGACCUGUAGGAAAUCUAUGCCUGGAAAAUCACAUGUGGGACAUACUGGAAGCUGGCUUUGAAAUUGCAGUCGUACGUGAUGCAAUUGCUGCUGGGCAGAACGAAGAGGGAGAUGGCUACACAGCUGCAAUGGUCAACUACCGAUUCAUGGCGAAUGCGAUGUGGACGACAGCCGAAACGAUCAAGCGACUGAAGCAGUUGCAGCUGCGGAGUAAAAAGAUUAAUUCAGGAUCCUUGAAAAUAAUGGCGAUACCGGAUACGGCACACUCAAUAAAAUAUCCCGGUUCUGACUCUGAUUAG